AACAAGGAAUGAAGGCGGUGACUAAGGCCCACCCAAAACGCAUAAAUUAGGUCUCAACCUUUUUUCUAAUUCCCUAUAUUUCAUCAUUCGCACCAAUCCAAACCCAAGAAAGAGAAAAACAGAAAAGCUUCGUUUAGGAAGAACAACAAGAAGCUCUGGAUUCCGCCUCUUCCCGUCCUUCGAGACGGUUGUUAUGCUGCGUGCUUUUCAGGAUUUUCGAAUUUUAAUUGUUUGAGGUUGGUCUGGGUUUGAAUCUAAAGGAUCGUGAUUUAUAUUUUGAGACAUGGAGGGAGUUUGUUUCUGGACAAAUUGCUACCAGUAUCGGUUUUUUGCAUUCCAAGAAGUGCUUGAUUGGCGAUUUUUCAUCCUUGGAGAUUUUCUUCGGGUUUCCUUUGUUAAUUGCACUUAGUGUUCUGCUCCCGUUUGAUGAUCAGCACAGGGUACGUGAUGCUACUUUCUUCUGAUACAGGUGCUGCAUCUUUAGUGCACUUGUGCAAUGCAUUGCUGACCCAUCAUUCUGUUAAAACUUCCGGUAAAUCCUCUUGGGGCUGAAACAUAUAGAUCGGUGACUGAAUAUUGGAUUCUGCCUGCAUAUUUUGAGUGACAUAUUUGCAUUGAAUCAGUUCGAACUGUAGUUAUUGAAAUAGCCUCCUUGUUGCUCUUGAUGGGUAUUGUUGCUGAAUAACACACAUCAGUUACCCGAAGUUUCUGAAGCAAAUCCUACUUUGAUUAGAUGAAGUAGAGUAUAUUGUAGUUCUGAAGUCUUGGGUCACGGUGAUUUUAGCUAGAGGGAGAGUAAUGCUACUGCUUUGAUCAGUCAUUAUAGUGGGACCUGAGAAGUGUCAGUAUGAUCUCUGGUUCUUGUUCAUUUCCACCACCUUUACUCUGCAACCAUUUCGAAGCCGUGGGUCUAUUAAUGAAUAAAGCUGUGCAGCCCGUCCAUCUGAAAGUUUCUGCUUCUAUGCCCUCUUUUGCUACGACAGAAAAUUGAUGGUGGAUUUUGCUGGACCAGCAGGAACCUGUUAAUAUUUUAUACAGCUCUGAGCAUCAUCUACACGAGAUAAAUGCCAUUUAUCCUUUGCGUUUUUGUUUACAUUUGUUGAAUAAAGAAAGUGCUGCUUAGUGUUCCCUGGGAACAAUGGAGAGGUACAACUUAAUUAAGGAAGUUGGUGAUGGGACUUUUGGGAGUGUGUGGAGAGCUAUAAACAAACAGACUGGGGAAGUUGUUGCUAUCAAGAAGAUGAAGAAGAAGUAUUACUCUUGGGAGGAGUGUGUAAACCUAAGAGAAGUCAAGUCGCUGCGAAAAAUGAACCACCCAAAUAUUGUCAAGCUGAAGGAAGUUAUUCGAGAAAGUGACAUUUUGUACUUUGUUUUUGAAUACAUGGAAUGCAACCUAUACCAGCUUAUGAAAGAUAGGGAAAAACUGUUUUCUGAAGGUGAAGUUAGAAAUUGGUGUUUUCAAGCUUUCCAAGGUCUUGCUUACAUGCACCAGCGUGGGUACUUCCAUCGUGACCUGAAGCCCGAAAACUUGCUGGUUACCAAGGAUAUCAUCAAAAUUGCUGAUUUUGGCCUAGCUCGAGAGAUCACUUCACAACCACCCUACACUGAAUAUGUCUCCACACGAUGGUACCGUGCUCCUGAAGUGUUGCUUCAGUCUUAUAUGUAUACCUCUAAAGUUGACAUGUGGGCAAUGGGUGCUAUAAUGGCUGAGCUUUUCUCUCUUCGUCCCCUGUUCCCGGGUGUCAGUGAGGCAGAUGAGAUAUACAAAAUAUGUGGUGUGAUAGGCAAUCCAACCCAUGAAUCUUGGGAUGAUGGACUCAAGCUUGCAAGGGAUAUCAACUACCAAUUUCCACAGCUUGCUGGUGUGCAUCUUUCUGCACUGAUCCCGUCUGCAAGCGAUGAUGCAAUCAGCCUUAUCAAAUCACUUUGCUCCUGGGAUCCCUGCAAGAGGCCAACAGCUUCUGAGGCCCUUCAGCAUCCUUUCUUUCAGAGUUGCUUCUAUAUUCCUCCAUCCCUUCGCAGCAGAGCAGUAGCGAGAACUCCACCAUCUGCUGGAACCAGAGGAGCCCUGGAUCACCAAGGGGUCAAGAGAUAUUCUGGUGUUUUAUCCAAUUCAAAGACCACCAAUAAUUUUUCUUCCCAGAAAUUACAUCCUCCUUUAGCUUCAGGUGUGCAACGGAAGCUGGAUAUGGUAAAUCAGGAUGGAAUUAAGAAUGAAAAACCUAUGAGGAGUACUAAACCAAAGUAUCGACAGCCAGGAAAGGACAGCCCAACUUUUACGAACAAGGGGAGAUAUGAGCGUGGGGUUUCAGAAGCAGCUGAGAAAUUGGGCAAUUUGUCUGUUAGUACAAGAAGACAAUCAAUGGGACAUCCCCGUCCUCCACCAAUGAAGGCUGGAGUGAAUUGGAUGUCUGAAACUGGAAACUUCAUCCUUGGGUCCGCCCAGCAAAUUCAGACUGGAAGAACUUUCACCCGAAAAGUUGCCGGAUGAGUAAAUGUGCGACACCUUACAGUGCAUGCUCAAUGUUUGUGUGAAUGUCCGUAAGUAUAAAUAUGUGUGUUUAGACUAUUUUAUGGCUUUGGCCAGCUCUAAACUACAAAACUAUUAUGUAUUGCCUGUGUUGUGAGUUGUUGGUAAUCGUCUCGUACCUGUGGGACAUGCAGAGCUAAGAGCUAAACUGAUACUUUAAACUAUAAAUAAACUUUUUCCUUAAUUGGAAUUUGGACGAUUGUACCAUCA